GCUUAUCAUAAGUCGGAUAGGCCUUGGGCUUCAGGAUUUGCUUGCUUCUUCUUCAAACCCUCUCUGUUUAGUGAUGGAUUCUUCUUCAUCAGAAGUAAAGAUUAUCUCUAAAUGCUUCGUCAAACCCAAAACUCUCCCUGAAAAAUGGAAAGAGCCAUACCAUUUUUCACCAAUGGAUCAUGUGAUGCUCUCAAUCCAUUACAUCCAAAAGGGUCUUCUUUUUCUCAAACCAUCAUUUUCUGAAUCUGACAAUGCAGUCAAACCAAAGGAGUUCAUUGAGGCUUUGCUGCAAAAGCUUAAAGACUCUCUAGCCAUAGCACUUGUCCAUUUCUAUCCGCUUGCAGGUCGUCUCUCUACUUUGAAAACCAACGAUUCAAGAUCUCACUCGGUGUUUGUGGAUUGUAAUAACAGUCCUGGUGCUGGAUUUAUCCAUGCUGAGUCAGAUCUAAGUGUGUCAGACAUUCUUGGGUCCAAAUAUGUUCCUUUGGUUGUUCAAUCUUUCUUUGAUCAUCACAAAGUAUUGAAUCGUGAUGGUCACACCAUGAGUCUCUUAUCAGUCAAGGUAACAGAAUUGGUAGAUGGAGUGUUCAUAGGAUUGUCUAUGAAUCAUUCGCUUGGAGAUGGAAGUUCCUUCUGGCAGUUCUUUAACUCUUUGUCCGAGAUCUUCAAUUCACAAGAAGAAACCAUUGGUAGUAAUAACAAUGCAUUGCUCUGUCUCAAGAAUCCUCCAAUCUUUCGUGAAGUGUCCGGUCCUAUGUACAGCCUUCCCUUCAGUGAACCUGAUGAGUCCCUUGGUCAAUCCGAACCUCCGGUUUUGAAGGAGAGAAUGUUCCAUUUCUCAUCAGAAACAGUGAGAUUGCUGAAAUCAAAGGCGAAUCAAGAAUGCGGAACAGCAAAGAUCUCUUCGCUUCAGUCGUUAACCGCAUUUAUAUGGAGAAGCAUUACAAGAGCAAGAAAACUACCAAAUGAUCAAGAAACUACUUGCAGGUUUGCUGCUGGCAAUAGAUCAAGAAUGAAUCCACCAUUGCCGACGAAUCACUUUGGGGUUUACAUCUCUCUUGUGAAAGCGACUACGACAAUCGGUAGUCUACUAGAGAAUGAGUUUGAAUGGGCUGCUUUGAAACUGCAUCAGGCUGUAACCGAACACAUAGGUGAAAAGAUCUCUUACGAAAUAGAUCAAUGGUUGAAGUCUCCUUUACCGUUGCAAGUAUAUCGACUUUCCAAUUUGAACAUUGUUCACAUGGGAAGCUCUCCGAGGUUUAACAAGUACGGAAGCGAGUUUGGGAUGGGGAAAGCGGUGGCGGUUAGAAGCGGUUAUGGCGGUAAGUAUGACGGGAAGGUAUCAGCUUAUCCAGGAAGAGAAGGAGGAGCAAGCAUAGAUUUGGAAGUAUGUCUACUUCCAGAGUCUAUGGAAGCUUUGGAAUCAGAUCAAGAGUUCAUAUCUCUUGUCUCUUCUUUAACCUGAUCCUAUUCAUAAUUUCCAGACACAGAACUCAAGUUAUUCCUUAUUUGAAAAUGUAGCUUUGGAAUCAAAUGUUUUAACUACU